AUGUCCUGGGACUUCCACGUCAAUGCCCCUGAAUCCGUCCAUGCGUUGAUGUUCCUCUUCGGUGACUGCGGCACCCCUACCUCUCUCCGCAACAUCAACGGUUACAAUGACCACACGUACAAAUUCACAAAGAAAGAUGGAUCCUUCCACUACGUCAAGAUCCAUAUCCGCGCCGACGGAGGCGUAAAGAACCUCACCAACGAAGAAGCCAUCAAACUUGCCGGCGCCAUCAACUACAUCUUCGAAAUCGCACAAGCCGCAUUUUCCCCCGACAUCAUGGUCUCCGGCAUCGAACCUAGCGCCGAACCCACACUUCAAGGUCGUAUGUUUGCCUAUCUCGGCGCGGCCCGCUAA